AUGGCCAUAUUGUCGUUGAUUGGUUGGUAUACUCUUCCCAAGUAUGCGACGAAUCUAGUCCUGUAUGUCUACUACGGCCUCACUAUUCGCGCCGGUGAUCCAAAGCCCCAACCGGGCACGCCGCGAUAUAACCGGGACCGUCGGAGGAUUUUCGUCGCAAUCGUGACCACCUACCUCCUCUAUAACCUCUUUGAGGUCUACCAGAAAAUACAGACAGAGGGGGAUUUCUACCAAGCCCUGGGAGUGUCUCCUUUGUCCGAUGAAAGAGCAAUCAAGACACGGUUUCGCCGGUUGGCUGCCCAGCACCACCCAGACAAGCUUGGUGCUGGGAGUUCGAGCGAUUACUUUGUGUAUUUGAAGCAAGCUCAGGAUACGCUGACCGACCCGGUGAAGCGAUAUGCCUACAACAUGUGGGGAUCCAGGAUCCUCGACUGGGGAAAGAUUGACACGAAGCAUGGCUAUUUUCUAGCUGGGUUGAUGAAGUCUGUACCCGGAUAUCUGGUCUCGUUCUGGAUGCUCUUGCUCUUGAAUUAUACGUGGUGGUCUGACUGGGGUCGCUACGUAAGUUUCAACCCGGAUACUGUGUGA